ACAUAAAUUGAGUUGAAGUCAGCGGCGGUAAAAUGAAGUUAAGCAACAAAUUAAGAGAGAAACAAAAAUUUCAAGAGAGAAUCAAAAGAGAACCCUUUCGAUAUGCUAUUAUUUAAUAGGCGCUGUUGAGUUUUUAGAGCCGUCACACAGCCGAAACAAAUAAAAUAAGCCAAGUUGUCUACAGUUUAAUGGUCUAUGGUCAAUUAUGGAAUGAUGCCGAUCGAUGGCGAUGGCGAAGGCAAUGUGGAUGGCAUGGGAUCGUCUCAUUUGCAUGAAGAUGAACACAAUAUUGACAGCCUAUCGAUGUCUCGAGUCGAAAUUGGAUCUAUUUUUGGUGGUUUGCUGUGCUGUGUGUGUCUACUUUGUGAUUUCGAUGCGGUCAUUGGCUGGAAAUGUUUGUUCAAAGAGUUUCCAGUGGACGCCCAAAGGAUAAGGGGAACCUGGUGGAUCUAUGGCACAAAUCCCGAGCCAACCGAUCGCUGCUACUUUGAAGAUCUGGAUCUCUACUGGACACGCAUUACGCAAACAGACUAUGAUAAUUAUGCCGUGGAACUGCACUGCUCGCUGCCUUGGUUUCGUCAUCAAAUGGCCAUCUACACCAGGGCUGCAGAGCCCAGCGAUGAGGUAAUCAAUCAGGUGGAAAAAUACUUGCUGAGUGUGCGAUUGUCUCUGAAGCAUUUCCAUCUGGUUGAUAAGCUUACUUGUAGUAAUGAAUCCAAGGCGCCGAUUCAGCGUUGGCAUCUCUCGCGUUAUAUGCAUCUGGACUAUAAUCCAAAUUAUGUGAAACCUUUAGUAGUGGACGAAAAUAUCUGAGCAACUCUCUCACAACUUUCUUCGGCAUCUGCAACAUUAGCAUACAAGACUAUGCCAAUAUUUCGGGGGCAAGCUUAUUAGCUCGCUGUGGUGACUUAUUAAACGGAAUUCGACAAAAUUAACGCACACUGCAAGAAAACAAAAUGUGGAAAGAAGAUGCAAGAGGAGAGUUAUUUUUUAAU